UAACCAAUGGUAUGCAAAUAGACGUUAUGUGUGUUACUGAAGAUUUACCUUUCAAGGACGCCAUUGUAAAGAAUAAAAAAGUAGAAUCCGAUAACCCGCUGAAUCAGAUCCACGCUUUCAAUAUUGCUGAUAAAUAAGUAACAAGAAACAGCUUAUACUGUCUGGCAUCAUGAGUGCUUCCGAAUAUGAAGAAGAUACGUCUACGACAGAAUCCCCGUUUAUUAAAACUCGACCGAUGCUCAAACAGCAGCAAUCCAGUGACGAAUACGACUCUGAAGAUGACGACCAGGGAAGGAACGACAAUGGUGAUGCCCAGUCUGAUGGUGAAGAUCAGCAGGAAGAGGAGGAGGAGGAGGAUGACGAUCAAUACGAGGAAGAAAAAGAGGAACAAAAUGGAACUGAGAAUCAAGUAAAAGUAGCAACUAAAAUUGUAAAGCCUAUCCAUGGUCCACCAAGAGCAAAUGCUCCGAAACUAACUGCUGCUGCUACAACCCAGCAUCCUACAUACGAUAAAAUGGUGUUCGAAGCAGUGAAGGACCUCGACGAAAAUAAACGAUCCGGAACAUCGAUCAGUAAAAUUUUAAAGUUCGUUACAACAAAGUACGAUCUGGAAGACAACAGAGCCAGAUUGUUUUGCAAGAAAGCCAUCGAGAAAGGAAUUAAAGACGAAACCUACGUCAAAACCUCGGGGGUGGGCUUCAGUGGAUCGAUAACUUUUUCCUCCAAGUACCGGCAGAAAUGGAACAAAGAAAAAAAGAAAGCACUGAAACCACCCAAACAGUCGAAAACUUCUGCUGAACCUAAGCCAAAAACAACCAGUGCCAAAACCAAAAAACAGCCGCCCACUGCAACGAAAAAGGUGCCCACCAGUAAGGCUAAGCCCAAGCCUAAAGCCAAAAGCGGAAAGUCGUCGAAAGAUAGCAACAAUAAUGCCACAAGCAAAGCAGUUCCUAAGAAGCAUAAACCUGGGCCGAACACGAAAGCUAAAGUUUCCAAAACGACGGGUAGUGUUCGUCUUUCGAUCAAUCCAAAGGUUGCCCCCCCGAAAGCAAGGAUUGCGGCAUCGAAAGUGAACGAAGCUAAGUCGAAAGCUUCUUCGAAGCCGAAGUCAUCCAAGUCGAAGGUAUCCAAGCCGAAAAAGCAGAUUACGGUUGUUAAAAAAUAGGCGACCAAGAAUUGAUUACGGUUUUUGAGUGGACUAGACUACGUUAUCCAAAAUAUUUAUAUGACGAAUUAAUUUGUUGUUAGUUGAAUGUUACUAGUAUACAUAUAAACUCCACGAGUACACUGGAAUGUGUUUUUGAAUUUAUGUUUGGCGAUAGGAUAUUACUGAGCAGAAAGGACCGAAGAGCGUUUGAAAAUAAUUUGUAUGAUUUCAUUUUGACCGUGAGAAAAUAAUAGGAGAAUCAUUUAUUAGAUUGUUUACCACAUUCGUUAUGUUUAGGACAAUGUAUUCAGUUUAUUUUACGCGCAUGUAGGUCAAUAAAAAUGAUCUUUUUUUUAAA